ACUAAACUAUUUUUCACCGUUUGGUCUCCCGUGCCAGCAAGGGUCGACCUCGAGCGGAAUCUGAAUCCAAAUCUGCGCACGUGAGGGCACGAGCGAGCGACGCGCCGACGCCUCGCCGUCGUCGCCGCGAAGAAAUGCUCCGCCUUUCGUUCGUACUAUAGGAGUAGUUUCUCUUCUCCUCUUCCUUGGCAGGCGCUCGAUCCUCUCGCGUGACCGUCACGUGGACGGAACGGAAGUCAGCGUCCCGCUCCCCGCCUGCCGCGGCACGCCGGCUCGGCUCUUCUUCCUGCUCUGCGGGUGCCGUCACGCCUAACUUCUCCUUCCAAUUCCAAGCAAAUCAUCUGCUAGUGAUAGUGCGAGCCGACCGACACCGGGAGUCUUCAGUGCUCCAUAACCAACGGCACCCGCCCCUCCUCCUCGGCGAUUCCGCCGCCCAACGGCCCAGAAGACAUCCAUCUUCCGCCUCUCCACUGAGGCGAGACACGUCGAAAGAUGGUGGGUUUUGGGAGGACGGGCAUCUGAGAGGUGGCAGCCAUGACCAGGAGGAUGGGGUUGCUCGUGCUGUUCGUCGCGGCGGUAUUGGUCGGGCCGUCGAGAGGGGGAGGAGAGGUGGACGGGGUGCAUGUCUUGUCUGGAUGGACGCAGCCUCCCUCUUCUUCUUCCUCUGUUCCUCCGUUUUCCCUGGUUCUGGAUGGGGAUCUCGUGGACAAAAUACGGUCAAUUUGCUUACAAGACAUAGUUGGGGCGGAGGAAAUUUUAGGCACUGGACAGACGUUUGCUUAUGAUGAACUGCCGAGCCGUUCUUCAAAGAGUGAGCUGAAGACGAUGCUGCUUAUGGAGCUCCUGGCCCUUCUUCCACCUGACAAGUCUUCUGUUACUCACGACUGUAUCCGCGCAAAUUAUUUCAGCUUGGGCAUGUCACAAGAAUUUAUCAACUAUCUUGAGGACCAGCUGUUCUUGUUUGGUUCAGACUUCUAUCCAAGAAGACGGCAUUUGGCUGAUCAAAUGGUUGAAGAUGGUCCUUCUUCCGGAGGUGAAGCUAAGUUUCCUCUUUCUCUGAUGGAGCAACCAUUUACGCCUCCCAACUUUCCGAACACCGAACCUCGCAGCCGUCGUCUCGAAGAUAAACCUGCAAAGAAGCGUUGGGGAGUGCCUCCUCCAGUUUCACCUUCGGAUAAGCAGCACAACUACAUAAAAUUGGUCUUGACUGUGGUGCUCCCGACGGCGGCCUUCUCGUUCAUUGCUGCAUUCCUGAUUUUCUACUGCUGUGGAUGCAACAAGAGCAAGGUCUCUGUCGGUGAGCCUCGAGAUGAUCAUCCUCUUCUUCACAUGCAGUCGGCCAACACACCUGGAUCGUCACCCGUUAUCCGUGCAUCCUCCAGUCAGCUUCACAAGGAUGAUCAAGGGGUCAGGGCUUCUAAGGCCGGAGGCAGCAUGAGUCGGUGCUUUCCAUGCUGUUUUAAAACCUCCAGUGAUGUGUCAACUCCCGCGCAAGCUACUGGAGGAACACAGAACAACACAAGUGAUGCUCCUAAACCAGUGCCUCCGCCACCGCCGCCGCCGCCACCGCCUCCACCACCGCCUCCUCCUAUCAGGAAGGCUGGUCCUCCCCCACCUGCACCUCCCAAAGGCUCAUUAGCAAGAUUUCCUCAGCUGUCACCUGUUGAGUCAAGUCAUUCUGAAGGAUCAUCUGCAAGCGAGCAGGCCAGUGAAUCGUCUGAAGCUGAAGUGGGUGCUCCAAGACCCAAACUUCGACCAUUCUAUUGGAACAAAGUUCUUGCUAAUCCUAACCAGUCGAUGGCCUGGCAUGACAUCAAGUUUGGUUCUUUUCAUGUGAACGAGGAUAUGAUAGAGGCAUUGUUUGGUUAUGGCGCUGGCAACAGAAACAACACCAAGGACAAGGAACUUGCCAUGGCUGACCCUUCACCUCAGCAUGUUUCUCUUCUUGAUUUUAAGAAAUCGUGCAACCUGGCAGUUGUUUUCAAGGCAAUGAAUGUCAGGGUAGAGGACAUUCAAGAUGCUCUCACUGAAGGAAAUGAACUUCCUAGACUACUUCUUGAGACGAUCUUGAGAAUGAAACCAAAUGAUGAGGAGGAGCUGAAACUUAGGCUUUACGAUGGGGACUACUCGCAACUAGGUCUUGCAGAACAAGUCAUGAAGGCACUAACUGACAUUCCUUUUGCUUACAAGAGGAUCAGUGCUCUGCUUUUCAUGUCAUCUUUGCAAGAAGAUGCUUCAAGUCUCAGGGAUUCAUUCCUGCAAUUGGAGGCUGCUUGUGGGGAACUGAAGCACCGGCUUUUUCUGAAACUGCUAGAAGCUGUUCUUAAAACUGGAAACCGUUUGAAUGACGGGACCUUCCGUGGUGGUGCUAACGCAUUCAAACUUGAUACCCUUCUGAAGUUGUCAGAUGUCAAGGGUGCCGAUGGAAAGACUACAUUGCUUCACUUUGUUGUCCAGGAGAUUAUUCGAUCCGAAGGUGUCCGUGAAGCAAGGUUGGCCAUGGAAAGUGGAAGGACUCAACCUUCAGGAGAUGAUUCGAACGGAUCUGUCCAAGAAGAUGGCGAGUACUACUCCAAGCUCGGCCUAAAGAUUGUAUCAGGGCUUAGCAGUGAACUGGUUAAUGCCAAGAACAUAGCUGCACUAGAUGCUGAUGCUUUAUCUGCCAGUGUAUUGCAACUCAGACGUGAGUUGCUGAACGCAAAGGAGUUCCUGAACUCUGACAUGGCAACGAUAGAUGAGAAUAGUGGAUUCCACCGCUCGCUGGCACGUUUCGUUGAGCAUGCAGAGAAUGAGACCAACUUUCUGUUGAAAGAAGAGAAGAGAUUGAGAUCGUUGGUGAAGAAAACAAUCCGGUAUUUCCAUGGAAACGAUGUGAAAGAUGAUGGAUUUAGCCUCUUUGUCAUUGUAAGAGAUUUUUUGGUGAUGCUAGAUAAGGCCUGCAAGGAAGUUGGGGCAUCACAAAAGAAGGCGGCGAGUCAAUCUCGGAGCAGUGGCAGUUGUAACCCAGCCUCCCAGUUAAAUCCCCAGGAGAAACAGUUUCCUGCAGUACUGGAUGAUCAUUUAGAUAGCUCGGAUUCAAACGAUUAAUUUUGGGAUACAAUCUUAGAUGUAAUCUAUAGGGUUUUUUUUUUUGCCUGAGAUGAUGUACAAAUACCCAUUUGCAGAGACACUACUGUAUACAUACAAAUGCCACAUACACAUGGCUUUAUACGUACAUGUUUGCAGAGGCAUUGCUGUAUACAUAUGCAUGCCACAUACACAUGGUUA